AUGUUUGACCGAAAAUUAAAUAUAAUUUUGUUAAUUUUUUGUGCCUGUUUGGCUAUUUGUGAUGGAGACUUAAGUGCCCACGAUAAUCCAGGAGAUCCCAGAGCCACAAAACUACUGCCAAGUGCCUGCAGAAAUGGUUCCUCACCUGCAGAGAUUCGCUUACCUUUUGUGGACAUAAUAGUGAACUAUGAAUUCCCGAUUUUUGUGCUCCGAGAACCGGAGGAGGAUAUACUGCUGCUGCUCCAUGGCCCGGAGAUAUUCCGACUCCACGUGGCCGCCGGCGAGAGGCGUCUCUUGCCGCUCGGAAAGCUGGCGGGACGGGUGGGGGUCAGUAAAGCCCUCGGUGCGGAGUUGGUGUCCUGGCGGCAGUUCCUUCUACUGGCCAUUGUUCUGGAGGAUUCCCUGGAGGUUUACCAACUACCCAAGGAGCUACUCCUCUCCGAAGAUCCUGCAAGUCUGCUGGUCUAUGAUCCUCUCCAGGAAUUCUCUCUACCGGGCGGUUUUCUGCAACUGCAUCUGGUGAAAGCUAGUGCGGAUCAGGUCCUUCUCCUGGUGGCUUCAAAUCUAACAAAUACACAAAGCAAAGUGAGAACCUUUGAGUGGCUGGAAACAUACUUUAAUCCCCUAGAGGAGAUGACUCUACCGGCCAUUAGAGUUCUUCAAGUUGUAGGCCGCCAACCCAUUUACUUUAUUUUUGGACGUUCCCUGAAAGGAUCUCAAUCAAAGCUAGUGCUCACUGUCUACGAGCUGGACAGGAGUAGCUUGCGUUUACAGAUUCGUCAGGCUCUGACCGUUCAAGGACCAAAUGUCCAGGCUGUGAGAUUUCACAACCGGAACUGCCUUUUGGCCUGCACUUCUGCCACAUCAGAUCCGUGCAUAUUUUUCCGUAUGUUGGAUGGCCAGUUUGUGGUUUACCGGAAACACACUCGCCGGGAUCUACACUUCGGCCGGGUGGCAGCCACCAAAAGGGGACAACUUCUGAUCGGAGCCCGCUCCAAUGGAGAGGUUUUGGUUUUCGGUUCCACACGCCUGGAUUGUUUCAGUGGAUUUGUUGUGGCCGGAAGGGAAGAGCAGCUGGUAGAGCCAAAUAGUAUCCUGACCCAUAGGAAUGUCCGGAAUGAGACCUUUUUGCUGUUGGCUUACCGGAAAUCUUUGAGCGCCGUCAUCCGGACUUUGCAAUUGGUUGGAGUGGAGGAGGUAUCCUCGAAUCAAGUGGGAGCCACACCCGAUGAAGAUCUCAGUGUAGUCCAACUCCAUCGCCAUGAGUUUGAAGCGACCAUCAAUGGAUUGCGUGGCCUGUUGCUCCGCCGUCGAUCCUCUCUGGAAAAGCUAAGACAUUUGGUUACGUCCUUGCAACAAAAGUCGGGUAUUCAAUUGGAGAAACCUCUCCAUCUGCUGCCAGGUGGAAGAAUCGAUAGACUUCAACUGGUGGGAAAACAUCUACGAACUCCCAGCCAACUAAAACAGCGCCUGGAGGAGCUGCUUCACCGAUUUCUUGGUAAUCAUCCGCGGAGGAACCCAAGAUCCUUUGGGACUGGGAGUGACGAUGAUGAGCUUCUAAAAAUAAAACGUUUACGAGUGGGUAACCUUGUCUAUCAGGGACAACUAUUACCAGGCUACACCUUGGACUCUAAUAGUCCACCACUUUUGACCAUCCGGCAGGGCACUGUUUUAACCAAAUCCUUGCAAACAAAUGAGCUGCUUACUCCCAAGGACAGUGAGAAUAAGACCCUUGAAGAAAUUCAAUCCCCCAACCAUCAAGAGUGUGUGGUUCGUCAUCUCCAUGUUUCUAAAAUAAAUGGAGUGUCUUGGGACUCUUUCCUGGACUCGCUAUUCCUGCGAAGUCGCGACACAAGACUUCAAGGCCGUCUGGUCCUGCAGUCCAGGACACGAGUGUCCAGUCUACAGACCCGUCUUCUCAAUGGUCUGGUGGUGGAUCAGCUUUUUAACCUAAGAAGAGCUCAGGUGAUCAGUUCCAAUAUUUUUAUGUCUGCAUUUUUUGCUCCACGAUUGGAGGCAAAGAGUGUGAAUAAUCUGGACUUUGCCAAGGAUAUUGUUUUUCGGGGUGAUAAUGAUACUUGGAUUAAAACCCCUGUCCGCAUCGAUCAAAUGAGCGUUUCUGGUGAGUUCCAAGUUGCAAACCAAAAACCUCAAGCUCGUCAGUCCGUGAACGAUGUCCUGCAGCAAUACUAUACAGGAAGGAUAACAAUUCAAGGUUCCUUGACAGUAAGAAAUGUAUUGAAGGAUACACAAAAUGCAGCUAUAAUGCUGGGCAAUCAAUCAUUAAGCAAAAGUGAUCUAAAUAACCAAUAUUUAUUGCAAAAUAAACCUCAGAAUAUAACCCUGUUGUCUUUUGGAAAUGCCAAAGUCACAGUUCCUUCGUUGACAACCGAUUAUAUAAAAGGACAUCCUUUGGAAGAACAUCUCUUGAGUGGCGGACAGGAUAUAGCUUCCCAUUCCCAUAAUCAUACUUUGCAUUUGAUAUUCAUGAAUGCCAGUGUUCAGGGUGAUAUUAUUUGUAGGGAUUAUAGUUCCCGUUUGGCCGAGAUAGCCAAGGAUGCAGUUCCUCUGGGUCAGGAGACGAAUAUCACAGGUUUUAAACGUUUCAAGGCUCCUCUGAUUGUCCAGGACCUGGAAACCAAACAGAUAAAUGGUGUUCCUGUCUCCGAUUUGGUUUUAAAGAAUAAUCCUAAUCAAAACUUCACGGGAUUUAAGGUCUAUGAUAGCUUAGUCAUCACAGAUGAUCUUGAAGUGCAAAAGGACUUGAAUGUAAAGCGUUUGAAUGGCCUGCCUUUGGAGCAACUUCUGGGUCACGAUCUCAGCCUGCAGCGUUUGGAGCUCGUGGAUACCCCGUACUUGGAAAAGCUACACUUCCGUCGCUUGAAUGGCUUACCUUUUGAUGAAUUACUUUCUAAAAUUUCCGAAACAGAGGAGGAUCAAAGGCUACUUCUUCACAAGCAAUUGCUUUUAGAAGGAAAUGUUCGUUUUGAAAAGCCCCUCCAAGUAAAGGAUAUAAAUGGCAUUCCAUGGGAGGAUUAUCUGAAACGUCUGGUCCGUUCUGAUGUUAAUUCGGAGUUGAAAGGACGAAAGACUUUCCUGUCCGAUGUCCUACUAACAGAUAAUCUAAAAACCCCUUUGAUUAAUAACUUUGAUUUGAGUUCUCUGCUGGAUAAUACUCUGCUGAGGACUACGCCCCAGGAAAUCGGAGGUUUCUAUAGCUUUGGGUCUUUAAGAGUUUCCAACUUGGAUGUCAAGAGGGUUAAUAAUGUAAGCCACGAAGAGUUUCUGGACUUGCGUAAGGAUCAGGUUUUAAAAGGUGACCUUUACCUCAAAGAACUCUCCCUCAAAGGAGGUCUUAAAUGUCCCGAAAUGAGCAACCAACCAGAUCUUAGUAAUCUUCCAGAGCGUUUGGAGAAAGUGCGUCAGCUUCCCUGGAGGAAUCUGUUUGUCACUGGGAAUGCUCUCUGGCCAGAAAGUAAUAAUCAGGAUCUGGAGCAACUGGAAUAUUUGAGAAAACACGCCGUACGAAAGGAUCAUAAUCAGACAAUAACAGGGCAUGUCCUUCUAAGAAAACCUUCCAUUAAAGUGUUACAAACUCAAGGAAAUCUUUUACAAGAUUUUGAUUUAAAGUCUUUAAAAGAAGAUGCUCUAUUACGUAGAACUGAGGACAAUAAGCCCCAAAUAAUAACAGCUCCUGUAGAAUUUCUUGGCCCCCUUAAGGCACUAACUCUUAAACUAAACAAUGACUCCUAUUUUGGACAUUUAAAUGGUAUAGAUAUUCCCAGACUUAAUGCCUCUCUCUACCGUCUAUCCAGUAACCAAAGUAUAUCCGCUGAUCUUAACUUUCUCAAGACCCCAAAGUUUGGAAAUCUUGAACUCAAAGAUCCCCAAGUUAAUGGAAUAAAGAUACAGGAUAUUUAUCAGCAAAACAAAGGUCUAACCUGGCCGAGGAUAACACUGAAAAAUCUCACAGUUCAAGGGGAUCUAAAACUAGGAAGUGUGAAUACUAUGAGUAUGGAGUACUUUCUAGAUAAUCGUAUAACCCUCAGAGGUCCAGCCCUGGAAGUAUUUGGUAACUUGAACUUUGAGAAUCUCCAACUAGGAGAAAGACCCCUUUUACGUUCUAUAAAUAACAUUCAACUGGAGAAUCUGGUAUUACAAAAUAGUAACAAAGUACAAACAAUUUCCGGAGUAAAGACCUUCCAUGGUGGACUGGAAUGGAAUGGACCAGGUCAUGUCAUGAAUCUAAAUGGCAAGGACUUGAGUGAAAGUUAUAGAGGAAGUAUCUUCAAGGAUAAGGACUACAACAUAGAUAGCCUUGUCUUAGAAAAAGCUCUAUUCCCGGGAGGAACUAAUCAAAAAGCUAGGGUAAUGGAACCAUUAACAGAAGAUAGAAGUCCCCUCGAGGAACUACAAGGGGUCCUGGCUCUAAAAAAUCAAACCACAAGCCAUGAUUUACUGUAUCUGGAUCACGAUCUUCAACCUUUGGAGGUUAUUUGGAUGAAGACUCCUUUGAAAGGAUCCCCACACUUGAUUCUACCUCUGCCUAAGGACACAAAUCCUUGCCAGCGGCGUAUGUUGCAGGCCCAACUAUUGUCCUCCCAGCAAAAGGUCCUUCUGGCCAACGUGAGUGUCUCACAUCGACUUUUGCGGAUAAAAUCCGGUGACAUCAGGGUCAAGGUGCAGAACCAUUGUCCUGUGAGGCGGUUGAGAAGCAGGAUCAGCUUCUCUUGUCGCAACGAAUCGCACAUCCUGGGAAUGCGACAGCCAGUGGAGGUGAUGGAUCUUCUAAAUCUCAAGAACCUGGAUCCGGAUGUGUCCCUGCUUCUGUUGGGAACUGAAAAGGAGGUGCGUGUCCUGCGUUUGAAUCGUGGAAGCUGCCGAAUCGAAGACUGGCAGUCGGUCACUCCGGCCGAUGGUCGUCUCAUGAAAAUCGUGAGCCUGCAGGACGAGGAUCUGCUCAUCACCAGCGGCGUAAAGAGUCAUCGCUCCGUCCUGGCCAUUCAUGCAAGAAGCCCCUCGGAGCAGCAAUUCCACCAGCUUCAGCUCAUCUACGGUGGCUACGAUCUGGCCGAGAUUAUGGCGGAGCAGUUGCUGGCCAGUUGCCUGGGUUGCCGGCACAUCGCCAUCUACAGAAGGAACAGCUCUCGGGUCUUUGAGCCCCUCCAGCAGUUGAGUUUCCAGGAGCGGAUUCAGCAGCUCACCCCCUUCUGGAUUAACGAUGUCCAGUACUUGUUGGUGAUUACCCAGCCAGGAGCGGAGCACUUCUACCUCUUCACUUUCGGUCCAGUUGGCGGUUGGCAGCAGAAGACUUUCGGGUACAAGAAGCAACAUCAGUGGGCGUGGCCUCUGAUCACGGCGGGCGAGAAGCUAGUGGGCCAGGAUGUGGCCAUAAUGCUAUUGUGUGGCCAAAACGAACAAGAGUGUAGUUUGGUGAAGGCCAUCCUGAGAUAA